GUAUCGGCAGAGAGGGAGUGUCUGUUAGUGUGUGUGUGUUUGUGUGUAUUUGUGUGUGUGUGUGUGUGUGUGCGUGUGUGUGUGUGUAGGAGCGGCCUGACGUCUCCCACUCUGUGUGUGAAUGAGCUGCGGGAGAAGAGUGUGACAACAGCUCAGCGGGAGAAGAAACCAUCGCGGAAACCCUUUCUAACUUCUUCCCGCUUCCUCCCUCAACCCGAAUGCCUGCGUGACGACUGAAGCGACUCAGUUAUGGAGCGCUCCAUCGAGACUUCCCAGACCGGACACACCUCAAACCCAAAGCCGAGUCUGGCCUCCAGACCUCGGCUUGCUCCUAAGCCCUUCUCCCUGCAGAAGAACACUUCCAUUCGCUCCAUCCACGCUCCAAAGACGGUCACCACCACAACUGUCAAGUCAACAACGAACCAAACUGGAAAAUCUGAAGCUGCGGAUGUCUCCAAACUGACUCCGACCGCCCACGCUCAGAAACCUCCUCAGCAAACCACUGCCUCUGGCUCCAAACCCAGCUCUGUGAGAGAGAACACGAAAAAUAUACCAAAAACUACCAAAGAAAGUACACCAAGUCCACGUGACGAGGAUACUCCUGAUUCUAGUGUAGCUCCAAGAAAAUCCGAUCCUGCCUCACAAACUGUUCCACCCAAAGAGACACCCACAUCCGAGCCACUGCAGAAAAACGAUGUCCUCCAAACAAACCACAGUGUAUCCACUGAUCUUGUUACUAACUCAGAACAGAAAGAUGAGAAAAAGAAAGAAGAUGAAACUCAGACGUCUGUCGUCCAAAAGCCUGAAGAAUCAGGGAGCGGCGCUUCCUCUUCGACAAAUAUAGUGAAUCGAUGGGGCGGCCCCAGGAGGAGUCUGUCCUCGAAGCUCACUUCAAGGUUUCAGUCAGGUGGUGCACCCCUGCCUCCCCAGCCAACGAUAACCGUAUCUACGAGCGACAGCAAAGACGAUUCAAACAAGCCAGUGUCCUCCAACCUAGAGCAGAACCAGACAACAGAGCCAUCAAGCAGAGAGAGUGAUGAAGGAGGACUGAAGGAAGAUUAUAGCGGAGGAGGAAGUAUUAAACGCAGAAUCAGUCUUCUGUUUGACUCCUCACAGAGGCCAGAGGUCAUGACAAAGAAAGAGGAGCCCGACAUCAUUAACUGUACAGGGGGCGUAAAGGAGCGAAUCAAACACUGGGUGGCGGAAACAGUUUCUGAGGGUGCCAAGACGGAGGGGAAUCCUCAGGUUGCACCUCGACCUCGGUCUCGUAGCUUUGAGCCGAUGGCUGCUCCAACAGCAGAGAAAAUACCCAAAACACCAUCGCAUGAGAAACCUGCCGCGACCAGAACGUCAUCUACACAGGAUGUGGAUCCACGUCCAAAGGUCUCCUCAGCUGAACCCCCCUCACAGACCCCAGUGGAAAAACCUAAAGACAUUUCUACAGAAAAUAAGUCUAUGAAUAGCUCAAGCGAGAAACCUGGAGAGGACAAGCAGAACAAAUCAACUGAUGGCGAGGUUCGACUCCGCAGUCGGAGCCUAUCUGCAACGCAAACAGCUAAUGAUGAGGCAGACAGUGGCCAGCGCCCUCUAAAGAGAGACAAUGUCAAGCGUCGCUCUGUUCGCUUUGGUAUCGUGGAGAGAGACGAUGGUGGGCCUCCACUGAUCCUGGGCUCAGCGUCGGAGUCCAGCUCAGAGGAAGAAGAAGAAGAAGCUCCUGAGGAUAAAGCUGAGGAGGAAACUCCUGUUUCGUUGCCCGUCUACAGACGAGUGGGAAGUCUUCAGAGAAAGGAUCAAGAGAUGCUAAAACAAGAAGAGGAGCGACUGAAACAUUUGGAGUUUGAAAGACAGAGAGCAGAGGAGAACAAACAGGCGAGACUUAAGUUAGAAGAGGACCAUAAACGAGAAGAGGAAGAGAAGAAGAAAGAAAACUUGAGGCAGAGGGAAGAGGAAAAACAGAGAGAGGAGGAAAGGGAAAGAGAGAAGUUGAAGGAGGAGGAGAUGGAGAGACAGCGGAAAGAGGAGUGGGAGAGGGAAAGGUUAAGAGAAGAGGAACACGAAAAGGAGAGGCUACGAGAGGAAGAAAGGGAAAGGGAAAGACAGAUGGAGAUCAUGUUGCAGGGACAAAGAGAGGAGGAAAGAGAGAAGGCAAAGCAGAAAGAAGAGAGACCAAAGCAGGAUCAGGAGGAGAGUGAAAUAGAGAGGUUGAGGGAGGAAAGAGAAAGACAGAGGUUGAGGGAGGAGCAGGAGAGACCGAUUCAUGAACACGAGGAACACAAAUUGGAGGUGGAACUGAGAGAGAAGGAGAUUAAUAAAAGGAAACGAAGAGAGGAGGUGUGGGAAAAGGAGUGGGUGAAACGGACAGAGAGUUUGGGAGAAGAAGAAGAAGAAGAAGAGAGUGAGGGAGAAAGACAGAAAGAGGAGGACAGAGAGAGAGCGAGGCAGAAAGAGGAAAGACUUAAACAAGAGGAGAGGGAGAAAGAAAGGGAGUUGAUGUGGCUGAGACAGAAAGAGGAGGACAGAGAGAGAGCGAGGCAGAAAGAGGAAAGACUUAAACAAGAGGAGAGGGAGAAAGAAAGAUUGAAAAAGGAGGCUGAGGAAAGAGAGAGGGAGAGAGAAAAAGAGUUGAUGUUGCAGAGACAGAAAGAGGAGGACAGAGAGAGAGCGAGGCAGACAGAGGAAAGACUUAAACAAGAGGAGAGGGAGAGAGAAAGGGAGUUGAUGUGGCUGAGACAGAAAGAGGAGGACAGAGAGAGAGCGAGGCAGAAAGAGGAAAGACUUAAACAAGAGGAGAGGGAGAAAGAAAGAUUGAAAAAGGAGGCUGAGGAAAGAGAGAGGGAGAGAGAAAAAGAGUUGAUGUUGCAGAGACAGAAAGAGGAGGACAGAGAGAGAGCGAGGCAGACAGAGGAAAGACUUAAACAAGAGGAGGGGGAGAAAGAAAGAUUGAAAAAGGAGGCUGAGGAAAGAGAGAGGGAGAGAGAAAAGGAGUUGAUAUGGCAGAGACAGAAAGAGGAGGACGGAGAGAGAGCGAGGCAGAAAGAGGAAAGACUUAAACAAGAGGAGAGGGAGAAAGAAAGAUUGAAAAAGGAGGCUGAGGAAAGAGAGAGGGAGAGAGAAAAGGAGUUGGAGUUGAUGUGGCAGAGACAAAAAGAGGAGGACAGAGAGAGAGCGAGGCAGACAGAGGAAAGACUGAAACAAGAUGAGAGGGAGAAAGAAAGACUAAGAGAGGAGGCUGAGGAAAGAGAGAGGGAGAGGCAAAGGAGGCUGGAAGAGGAAGAGAGAAUGAGGGAAAGACAGAGACAGGAGGAAGAGGAGAAAAAAAGAAAGGAGUUUGAGAGGAGAAUGCAGCAGGAAAGAGAGCGAGAGAUGGAGACGACGAGGCAAAUAGAAAAACAGAGAGAGGAGGAGAGAAGGGAGGAGAGGGUGCUACAGAUGGAGAGGGAAAGAUUGGUGGAGCUGGAGAGAAAAAUGCAGGAGGAAUUGGAAAUGAAGCGAGGGAAAGAACUGGAGGAAAAGGUGAGAAUGUAUAAAGAAAGAGAAAGGGAGGGAAGGAAGAGUUCAGCAGAUUUAAUCAGCUUUGACUCUGAAGAUGUCCCUCAGAAUUCAAAGACACCAAAUUUACCCUUAGCUAAAACCUCAGCGACCACUGAGAGUCCGAUCAAAGUUGUGUACGAUGACUUCUCCGUCAGGAAGCCUCUGAUCGAGGUGGAUUUUGACGAUUUUUCAGUCAAGCCAAAGAGAUGGGGCUCGCGGGCCAAAGCGGAAACUAGUCCAGUCGUCGACAGCUGGACAACAAGUCCCGUGGAUAGAAGAGAAGAGUCGGAGGUGCUGAUGCCCCUGAGUGUAUCCCCUCAGGAAAACUGCGCACCCCAGCAUGUUGCAAAACCAGACAGUCCAGAGCCUCCUCCAGCUGUGGAGAAAGCAGAGGAGAAGGAGGAGGUGGAGGAGAGGCCAGAGGAGGAACACCUCAUCGCAUUAGAAGUUGAGGAAGAGGAAGAGAAGGAGGUGGAGGAAGAGGAGGAGGAGGAGAUAGAGGAAGAGAUGGAUGAAUCAGAAGAAGAAGAAGAAGAAGAAGAAGAGCAAAAGACACAGGUUAACAGCUAUUCCGUAAACGGAGAUGACAAAGACACUGAUGCUUUGAUAGACAGUGAGCCAGAGCAGCUGAGUCCCAGCCAUGAAGAGACAUCUGAAACUGACAGUCCGACGCUGAUCCCUGACCAAGUUCCUGAAGUCGCCUCUCAAGAUGUUGAUACCACUGAUUUCUCUUCAUUCCCUGAGAGCUCCGCCCCACUCCUCGACACCAGCGCACAGAGAUCCAAGGCCAAUGUUGGAAAGAGGCGACUUCGAUCGCGUCCGUCACGCUCGCUCCGGGCAGGGCCAACUCCAAGGGACAUGUUGGAUUGGAGGGCUUGUGACACCGCAGAUGGAAAGGAGGUGUCUUUCCAACAAAGGGAGUCAGAUUCUGAGGAGGAUCAGCCAAAACCGAAGAAAGCCUUACCUCCCCCUCCCACCUCACAAAGAGUCUCAGUGUUCCCUGGUCUGAGCCCUACAGCCCUGAUUGCUCAACUAAAAAAGAGAACAGUCAGAGGAGCAGCUGGAGGAGGAGAUGAAACAGAAGACAACAAGGGAAGAGAAGAGCGAGGAGGUCAACGCGAGGCAACAGCACCAUCACCCUCACAACUCUCCCGCUCCUCGCCUCGCUCUGCUUCUCAUCUCGCGGGGGCCGCACUUGUGCUGCCACCCCUGGGCGGCACAGAUGGAGGAACCAGCUCUUCUCCUGCUUGGCUGAAAGAACUGAAGUCUAAGAAGCGUCUGAGUCAUCACGACAGCGAGGCUUAGCCAGACACAGGACACUGUGCCAUGGCCUUUUAGCAAGAAUCAAUUCAUCUCAGCUGCUGAUGCUCCUGACAGACGUCUUGUCAAGAUUGCUCCAUUUUCCACUUCGAGUGCCUUAUUUUGAACCUUUACUGGUACAAUCAGAGGAGGGUUUUCUGGAUAUAGAGGCCUCCGAGAACUUUUAUCUUGUAAAUGAAAUAAUUGUGCCAAGGCUGUGAUGUUUUAAUGCCAAGUUUUAUGUUUUAUUGACUGUUGUACAGAGGCUGAAUGGAGGGUGAACACCCCAAUAUAAUUUAGAAAAAAGCCAUGCACUGUCUUGUUGUCUGAAUUUCCAAGUCCAUCACAUUCCGACAGGAACUGAUAACACCAGACCUUCAGCAGAGUACGUACCAUCAUACACAUGCACACCUAUACUGUAUAUACAGGAACUACUGAAUAUAAAUGAUGGAUCGCAAAUUGUGUGUAUUUAGUGGAAAUUGUAUAAAAUGCUUUUUGCAUUAUUUUACCAAUCACAAAUCGUCCCAAGUAAAACUACCUAGCACUUUCAGAAGCAUAGCAAAUUAUCUUCCAUACAGUGCGAUAGAUUAAUCAAGUAGAUAAUUGUUGUAACAGGGUCAUGGGAUUUUCUUUUUCUUUUUCUAACACCUUGAAUGCCUUUCUUCUCUUCAAAGUUGCACAACAUGUAAGGAUAUGGUCCCUGGUUUUAUUAAAAUGGACACUAGCUGAUCAGAACAUCAGCAGUGAGCUGGGAGGAAAAUGCAGAAAUGCUGUAAUGGAUUUAAAGAGUGUGUUUUGUAAAAUCUCAAAACAAAUGUUUUCCUCAGCUUGAAAUUCUUUCCCAAGUGCUUUUUUUAAACGUUAAUGAUUGACUGUCAUCAAUGCUGUAAUCAUUUAUGAUCAACUGUCUGUAUGAUAAGAGGAAAUCGAGGGACCUUUAUUAAAACCUUUUCUAUGAAAUACAA